UUAGGCGUUUGGCGUCACGCUUAGUUCAGUUUCCAGCGGUUCUCUUCUGACAAUCGGGCGGGCUUGAGCCCGGACCUGGGCCUGGGGUGGUUCCCUCUUGCCCAGGUCCAGCGUCCACUACCCAGUUCUGUCCCGAGUGAGGACUGUUUACGUGCAUACUGUUAGGUGAGACCGGGCAGUGCAAUUACCUGCUGGCAGAGGGCGUGUUGCGUUAGAGCGGAUCAAAGUGACCACGGUGUAGCUAUGGGCACAGCACUUGUGUACCACGAGGACAUGACAGCCACUCGACUGCUCUGGGAUGACCCCGAGUGCGAAAUUGAGUGCCCAGAGCGCCUGACAGCUGCCCUGGAUGGCCUGCGGCAGCGUGGCCUGGAAGAAAGGUGCCUGUGUUUGUCAGCUUGUGAGGCAUCAGAGGAAGAGUUGGGCCUGGUGCACAGGAAUCUCUGCUCUUUCCUUCCUGUCCUGCUGGUGGCCUGCCUGCUGAUCUGCAGCCCGGAAUAUAUAGCCCUGGUGCAGAAGACCCAGACCCUGGAUAAAGAGGAGCUCCACGCACUGUCUAAGCAGUACGACGCUGUCUACUUUCACCCGCCCUUUCUGCUCAGCAGUGGGAAACCUGCAACCUGGGACAAGCAGGUCAGGACCCAGGCUCAAUUGGGACACUCUGGCACACAGGACACCUUUCACUGUGCCCGGCUGGCAGCGGGGGCUGCACUGCAGCUGGUCGAUGCUGUGCUAACAGGAGCUGUGCACAAUGGGCUUGCCCUGGUGAGGCCUCCAGGGCACCACAGUCAGAGGGCAGCUGCCAAUGGGUUCUGUGUGUUCAACAAUGUGGCUAUAGCAGCCAAACAUGCCAAGCAGAAAUAUGGGCUGCAGAGGAUUCUCAUUGUCGACUGGGAUGUCCACCAUGGCCAGGGCAUCCAGUAUAUCUUCAACGAUGACCCCAGUGUCCUUUAUUUCUCUUGGCACCGCUAUGAGCAUGGAAGCUUCUGGCCGUUCCUCCCAGAGUCUGAUGCAGAUGCAGUUGGCCAAGGGCGGGGCCAAGGUUUCACUGUCAAUUUGCCCUGGAACCAGGUUGGGAUGGGAAAUGCCGACUAUUUGGCUGCCUUCCUGCAUGUGCUGCUCCCACUGGCCUUCGAGUUUGAUCCUGAGUUGGUGCUGGUGUCAGCAGGAUUUGACUCUGCUAUCGGGGACCCUGAGGGGCAGAUGCAGGCCACCCCUGAGUGCUUUGCCCAUCUCACACAGCUGCUGCAGGUGCUGGCUGGUGGCCGGAUUUGUGCUGUGUUGGAGGGUGGCUACCACUUGGAGUCCCUAGCACAGUCAGUGUGCAUGAUGGUGCAGACAUUGCUUGGUGACCCCACACCUCCCCUUCUUGGGCUCAUGGUGCCAUGUCAGAGUGCCCUGGAGUCCAUCCAGAGUGUCCAGACAGCCCAGGCCCCUCACUGGACAAGCCUCCAGCAAAAUGUGGCCCCAGUUCUGAGUUCCAACACCCACUCUCCUGAAGAGAGAUCUCUGCCUCUGCUUGGUGAGAGUCCCACAGGUACAGUAGCAGAGGAUUCACUGAGCCCCCUCCUGGACAGACUGUGCCUCCACCCUGCACCUCCAAUCUGCACAGCGGUGGCCUCGACUGUACCAGGUGCUGCUCUGUGCUUACCUCCUGGAGUGCUCCAUCAAGAAGGGUCAGUCUUGAGGGAGGAGACUGAAGCCUGGGCCAGGCUUCACAAGUCCCGAUUCCAGGAUGAGGAUCUUGCCACACUGGGGAAGAUUCUGUGUCUCUUAGAUGGAAUCAUGGAUGGGCAGAUAAGAAAUGGCAUAGCAACCACAACUGCCCUCGCCACAGCAGCAACGUUGGAUGUGCUCAUUCAGCGAUGCCUAGCUCGCAGAGCUCAGAGGGUGCUCUGUGUGGCCCUGGGACAACUGGAUCGACCCCUGGACCUUGCAGAUGAUGGAAGGAGAAUUCUGUGGCUCAACAUCCAGGGCAAGGAGGCAGCCAUCCGGUCCAUGUUCCACUUCUCCACUCCACUGCCACAGACAAGUGGAGGGUUUCUGAGCCUCAUUCUGGGUCUGGUACUGCCCUUGGCCUAUGGUUUCCAGCCUGAUAUGGUGUUGAUGGCACUGGGGCCUGCCCAUGGCCUGCAGAACGCCCAAGCUGCUCUCUUGGCUGCAAUGCUUCGGAGCCCAGUAGGGGGCCGAAUUCUAGCUGUAGUGGAAGAGGAAUCCAUACUCUUGCUUGCAAGGAGCCUGGCGCAGGCAUUGCAUGGAGAAACACCUCCCAGUCUGGGUCCUUUCUCGAAGGCCUCUCCAGAGGAGAUCCAGGCUCUGAUGUUCCUAAAAGCUCGGCUGGAGGCUCGCUGGAAGUUGCUGCAGGUGGCUGCUCCUCCACCAUAAUAACCGUGAUUGCCAGUCGCUUGAAAUCGGUCAAGGUGGGCGGUUCCCACGUGAAGAAGAGCACACUCGGGCCCCAGCGAACCAUGGCCCGAGACCUACGUCCCGUCUGCGGCCCAGGCGUCCUCUACCUCCAGAACAAUAAACAUCGGCUAAACACAA